AUGACAGUGGAGAUAGAGCUAGUGAAGUCAAUUCCUGCACAUAAAGACAAAGUUUGGACAGUAGCAAUUCACAAGAAAUUACCUUUGUUGGCUACUGUUUCAACAGAUAAGACAUGCAAAAUCUUUGAUCUGAAUACAAUGGAGCAAAUUGCAGAAUUAGAUGAUACACACAAGACAAGUAUUAGAUCAGUCUCCUGGAAACCAACUGGAGAUGAGCCUUCAUUGGCGUGCGGCUCAUUCGACUCUACCAUCUCAGUUUGGGGUCAAGAUUAUGAUGAGUGGUCAUUGCUAGCUGUGAUUGAAGGGCAUGAAAAUGAAGUUAAAGGUGUUAGUUGGUCAAAAGAUGGAAAUUUUUUAGCAUCAUGCUCAAGAGAUAAAAGUAUAUGGAUCUGGGAAGCUGAUGAUGCCAACGAAGAAUUCGAGUGUAUCAGUGUUUUACAAGAGCAUUCACAAGAUGUUAAACAUGUUAUAUGGCACCCAUACGAAGAUCUUCUUGCUUCUUCUUCUUACGAUGAUACUAUAAGGCUGUGGAAAGAGGAUGACGAUGAUUGGACCUGCGCUGCUCAGCUCAAUGGGCACCAAGGUACCGUUUGGAGUUCUGAUUUUGAAAAAUCGGAAACAUCUGUGAGGUUGGUCAGCGGUAGUGAUGAUUGCACAGUCAAAGUUUGGAAAAGAGUAUCAAGUACAGACAGUGACUCUUUCAGAGGUGAUGCUACAGAGGUAUGGGAGCUGGAAUCAACUUUACCUGAACUCCAUUCAAGAGCAGUUUACUCUGUUAGCUGGAGUGAACAAUCUGGUAGAAUUGCCAGUAUAGGCUCAGACGGUCAAUUGAUCAUAUACGAGGAACAGAAGAGUAGUAAUGGUGAUAGUAAAUGGCUGGUUGUUGCAACCAGAGAGCUCGCUCAUGGUGUUUAUGAAGCCAACACUGUUGAAUGGUGUAAAAGCUUCACAGAUGGUGGAUCUGAGAACUUGAUCACAGGUGGUGAUGAUGGUAACGUUAAUGUUUGGAGUAUUCCAUUGAAAUAG